UGUUUACCAAUUCUAACUCCAUUAAACCCUAACAACAAUUAGCCAUUCUUUGAUUUUUCAUCUAAGGUAGAGUUUGUAGCCUGGUUGAAGUUUGAUCAACGAAUGUUGUAAAAUGAGGCGUAAUGUGAAGGCAGCCUGAGACAAUUUGUUGCCUGACAGAUUUCUCAGAGGGCAUUAAAAGCCCUUCUAUGAGUGGUACAUGUAUUGCAUAUUCAGCGCAGUGUGGUAUGUGCUAGCAGAAGCUACAGGGUCCUGACUGAGGUCGGUUUGGAGCAGCAGUGGGAUGACGCCGUCUCUCAGGUGUCCCGGAUGAACGACUGAGAUCGGCGUCCUCAAUCAUUUCCAACUGUCAACUGCUGACAGCGCAGACACAUCCGGACUUCAUGCAAAGGGGGGGGGGGACGGGGUCUGCCAUUUGUUAAACACAGGAAUCCAGAAGGUGACGGGGAUGCAAAUUGCUGCAACUAGCUAGCCCCCGAGAAUAUAAACAUGUUGAGUUGUAGUGGCUAAAUUACCUUGUGGAUCAUAGUAAUCUUAUAAUGGCACUGGGACCUUCUACCCAAAGGAGCAAUUAUUUACCUGCAGGUAUUCAAAGCUCGUCCGUUGGGAACCGGUUUAACCUACAGGAAUAACUAUUUGAAACUUACAGAACCACUUAGAAUUUAAAGUGUAGCCUACCUCCUUAGUGUUUUGCUCCAUGUUGAAGGCACGACAAACUAACUCUGUUGACAUAAGGUGGUGACAACUCCCUGUCAUUAAUCACAAGUGUUUCCUGUUCCUAUUCAUACACACUCAAGUUUCACAUUGCUGGCUACCCUGCUAAAAUGACUACAGAGUGGGGUGAAAAAUCCUCAGCGGACCUUAUGAGCCGGUAUGUCUCCAAGGAAAUGGGAUAUGCAGUGCCCAAGGAGGGUUGGCGUAUCUGCCUGUCUCAUGAGUUCAAGGAGAAGAGAAAGCCCUUUCAAGCAAAAGAUGUCUCGCUGUCCAAUGUUGUGGAACACAUCGGUCUUGGAGUCAGGUAUCUAAAGUGGUGGUACAAGAAGACCCAGGUGGAAAAAAAAGCUCCAUUCAUUGAUAUGUUUCGUGCUCAACCCUUGCAUCAAAUAUAUGGUGCUCCACUUGGCGGUAUUGGAGGAGGCACCAUCACAAGAGGUUGGAAGGGGGAAUUCUGCAGAUGGCAACUAAACCCCGGGAUGUACCACUACAAAACUGUCACAGCAAACCAGUUUACAGUGUGUUUGCGACGUGGUGGGCAAACAGUUUACCAGCAGGUGCUGUCUGUAGAGCGUCCUCCCACACUACAAGGCUGGAACUGGGGCUACUGCGGAGAGUAUGCUUUCUAUCACGCCUUGUACCCCCGCGCCUGGACCGUCUACCACCUGCCGGGACAGAAUGUCACCUUAACCUGCAGACAGAUUUCCCCGGUCAUCCCCCAUGACUACCAGGACUCUAGUCUCCCAGUGGCAGUAUUUGUGUGGGACAUAGAGAACAAGAAUGACUUUGCUCUGGAUGUCUCCAUCAUGUUCACUAUGGUAAACGGGUCGGGACACAAGGAUGACAAGAGCGGGGGACACUGGAAUGAACCAUUCCACCUGGAGAAGGAGGGGGAGGCGGUGUCUGGGGUCUUGCUACAUCAUUGCCCUGCAGUGAACCCUUACACUCUGUGCAUCGCAGCCCGAGAACAGCCCGACCGGGAGGUCAGUCACCAGACAGCGUUCAGUCCAAAGGGAACCUGCAGCAGCCUGUGGAGUGACCUCAUCACUGACGGACAGCUGGACUCUCCUACAGGAUCCAGCCCGCCGACGCCUAAGGGAGAGAAGGUGGCAGCAGCGUUGGCUGCAGGCUGCUCAGUGCCAGCUCAGAGCCAUAACCGCCUGGAGUUCUGCCUGGCCUGGGACAUGCCCACAAUCACCUUCGGCUCUAGAGAGAGGGAACACAUCAGGAGAUACACGCGUUACUUUGGGACCAAAGGGGACGCGUCCCCCUCGCUCAGUCACUACGCCCUAACACACUACACACAGUGGGAGAAGAGCAUUGAGGAGGGGCAAAGACCCAUACUCCAGGACAGUUCUCUCCCCUCCUGGUAUAAGUCAGCCCUGUUUAAUGAGUUGUACUUUGUGGUGGAUGGAGGGACGGUGUGGACAGAGCUACCGGAGGAUGCUGAUGUCAGUGGUGGGGUGCGCAGUAAGGACGGGGGGCUGCCAGCUCAGCCUGCUGUCAUCAAGGAGUUUGGCCGUUUUGCCUACCUGGAAGGUCAGGAGUACAGAAUGUAUAACACCUACGAUGUGCACUUCUACGCCUCCUUUGCACUUAUCAUGCUGUGGCCCAAACUUGCCUUGAGUUUGCAAUACGAUAUUGCUGGCAGUGUGGUUCAGCAUGACCCCACAGAAAGGCUCCAUCUGAUGAGUGGGCGGUAUUCUCCUGUCAAGGCCAAAAAUGUGGUUCCUCACGACAUAGGAGACCCAGAUGAUGAGCCAUGGCAGAGGGUAAAUGCCUACCUCAUCCAUGACACUGCAGACUGGAAGGACCUGAACCUGAAGUUUGUCCUGCAGGUCUACAGGGACUUUCAUCUCACACAGGACAAUCAGUACCUGCAGGACAUGUGGCCCGUCUGCCAGGCAGUGAUGGAGACAGAGAUGAAGUUUGACUUGGAUGGAGAUGGCCUGAUAGAGAACUCUGGAUAUGCGGACCAGACCUAUGACGGUUGGAAAGUGACUGGACCUAGUGCAUACUGUGGUGGAUUGUGGUUAGCGUCCCUGUGUGUGAUGUGUAAAAUGGCCAAACUGGUGGACAAUGAGGAGACAUACCAACGCUAUAGAGACAUCUUGGACAGGGGCAGUGCUGCUUUUGACAAACUACUGUGGAACGGCAAGUACUACAACUAUGACAGCAGUGGGAGAGACCUUUCUAAUAGUGUUAUGUCUGACCAGUGUGCUGGCCACUGGUUCCUGAGAGCGUCUGGGCUGGGAGAGGGAGACUACCAGGCUUUUCCAAAAGAAAAAAUCCGGAGCGCACUAAAAUCUGUCUUUGACUUGAAUGUAAUGAGCUUCGCUGGAGGCCAGAUGGGGGCAGUUAACGGCAUGCGUCCUGAGGGCGUGCCCGACCGCUCCAGUGUCCAGUCAGAUGAGGUCUGGAUUGGAGUCGUGUAUGGACUGGCAGCCACCAUGAUCCAUGAGGGUAUGCUGGAGGAGGGUAUGCGCACGGCGGAGGGUUGCUACCGAACUGUGUGGGAGAGGCUGGGCAUGGCCUUCCAGACUCCUGAAGCCUACUGCGAGAAGGGCAUCUACCGCUCUCUGGCGUACAUGAGGCCUCUGAGCGUCUGGGCCAUGCAGCUAGCCCUGAACACCUCGCAGAAGGAUCAGACCACAUCAGCUCAAACUGGAGCCGCAGACAGGGAGCGGGGACAGGACCUGAGCCAUUAGACUGGU